AAUACAAACAGUUUACGUUACAGUCCUUACCCACGGACUCACCCAACUUCAUACUCGUCAUUCGGGCGGAGCCCCAGUAUAAAUGCAUGCUCUGCUUCUUGAACAACUCUUGCACGAGACGUAAGAUACAUUCUUUCAUCUUCAGGUGACGCUCUGCCUUUUGUCAGCACAGUCAUAAUGCCGUCUGAUCUGGAGAGAGCGAUGGAGACAAUGAUCACAGUGUUUCACCGUUAUGCGGGCAAUGAAGGAAAUUCAUCAACAUUAAGUCGCAAAGAGCUCAAACUGCUGAUGGAGACAGAGUUGGCCAGCUUUAUGAAGUCUCAGAGGGACCCUGCUGCCGUAGACAAGAUUAUGAGGGAUUUGGAUGCUAAUGGUGAUGGAGAGGUGAAUUUUGAAGAGUUUGUGUCUCUUGUGGCGGGCCUGUCCGUGGCCUGUGAACAAAUCUACUUGCUGCACAAGCAGAAGACAGGGGGUGUCAAAAAGCAAUAAAAAAUGACUGUUAUGAAAUUUUGUUAAUAAGUUUUAAUAAACCAUUUCAGCCACA